GUGGUCUAUACUCGAUGUAAAUUUAUAUACUGAUAGACUCCCUUCAAACUUCAAAAGUAAACAAGAAAAAAAAAAAAGAAAAAAAAAAAAGAGAGAAAUGAAAAUGUCGGAGUCUCCGUUCAAAGGCGAUAUACUCAAAGGGAAGGUCGCCCUUAUAACGGGUGGCGGGUCGGGCAUUGGGUUCGAGAUCUCGGCCCAGUUUGGCAUACAUGGCGCCUCCGUUGCUAUCAUGGGCCGCCGGCGCCAGGUGCUAGAUUUCGGCGUCUCCGAACUUCGUUCAAAGGGAAUUCAGGCUAUUGGGCUUGAAGGUGACGUCCGGAAAAGAGAAGAUGCAGCCAGAGUUGUGGAAACAACUGUUAAACAUUUUGGGAAGCUUGAUAUUCUUGUUAAUGGGGCUGCAGGAAAUUUUCUUGCAUCACCGGAGAAUUUAUCACCAAAUGGCUUUCGAACAGUUAUUGAGAUUGAUUCUGUUGGCACAUUCACAAUGUGCCAUGAAGCCUUAAAAUAUCUGAAAGCGAUGCCAGAGAAAGGUCUAUCUACAGGCGGAUUUGUACUGAACAUAAGUGCAAAUUUGCAUUAUACCGCAUCGUGGUAUCAGAUUCAUGUCUCAGCUGCCAAGGCAGCAGUUGAUAGCAUCACAAGGUCUUUGGCUCUUGAGUGGGGAACCGAUUAUAAUAUUAGGGUAAAUGGAAUUGCGCCAGGGCCAAUUGAAGGGACACCCGGAUUUCAAAAACUGGCUCCAGAGGAGAUGAAGAGUAAAGCGAAAGAGUACAUGCCUCUGUAUAGAACAGGAGAGAGAUGGGAUAUUGCUAUGGCUGCACUCUAUCUGGCUUCCGAUGCAGGAAAAUAUAUUAAUGGAUGCACUAUGAUUGUUGAUGGAGGUUUCUGGCUGAGUCGCCCUCGUUACAUUCCAAAGGAAGAUGUCAAAGAACUGUCUCGUGUAGUUGAGAAGAAGUCCAGGAUGGUUGGCCUUCCAUCAAGCAAGCUAUGAUCUUAUUAUUCUCUCGACCGUAAUAGAAUCGUUCUAAUUUGAAGUUACAACCUGUUUUGUUUUACAUUUAGAUAGGGUUAAUUACAGAAAACCUCCUUAUAGAUUGCAUUAGUGAAGAAAAACUCCUUUCAAGAAAAAAUUAUGGUCAUACAAUAUGACUUUUGCGUGUAGUCCUGCAUUCAUGAUUAUUGUAUUAAAAUUUAAUGAUUACAUCAAAACGAUGAUUGUUUGACUGGAAACUGAAGAUCAGGGAGAUUAAAGUGUCACUAUAAUACCUCACGGGGAUUCUUUGUCCUUUCUA